AUUAAACCGGUAAAAACUUUUUAUUGUGUUCAUACAUAAGUAAAAUCUAAAGGGUAAUUUGGGAAUCAGAAUCCCGCAAAAUAAAGUGAAACAAACAGAUUGACUCUAAACUUUUUACUGUCUUCGAGACAAAGGUCUUCGUCUUCCGGCAGAGAAUCUCUGAACAGAGUCAUCACCUCUCUCACCCUCACCCCCACCCCAACCCUUUCUCCUUUUACAAAAACCAAUAACGAUUUCUCCCCAAGGCCUCCUAAAUCUGCCAUGGAAAUCCUAGAAAAGCUUCUCAAAUUCAAAUUCCAUAUCCUUUCCGCCAUUUCUUUAUGCACAUCCAUCCUUUUUAUCCUCUAUAUUGCUCCUAGAUUUCUCGAUGUUAUUAAGUACUUUUGGCCUCUUCUUGUCUCGACGGCGCUCUUUCUCGUUGCUGUUUUAGUUUUUGGACGGAUUUCUCCGCCGCCGGCAUCGACCUCCGACGAGAAAGCUGGCGAAGGAUUGUUGGACUACGUCGCCGGUCAGCCGGAUCAAUUACAGGCCGCCGUACAAGAACUAGAAGAAGAGAGUUUCAGAUCCCAAUAACUUUAUUAUGUAAUUUUUCGUUACCCGCUUUCUCUUUCGCUUAAUCGUAGAUUCUGGAAUUGAGAGGUCAUCUUCUGUAAAUUCAUGUAGUGAUCUUCGCAUAAUUAAUGAGAAUAUUUGGGCCCUUUUUUGCAUAUCUAAUUCCGAUUUUCAGUUCUUGAACUUCGUUUA